AUGGCUUUAUUGGAUAAAAAUGCUAAUAAAGCAUUCAACAUGACUGGAUUAUUAUUCGGCAACAUAGACAGUGACGGUCAGUUGGAAGAAAGUUUUCUUGAUGAUGAUGCUAGAAGACAGUUGUCAUCUCUGAAUGCUUUUGGAUUUAAUACAGUAUUCGAAGAUGUGAUAUCGCAUGAAGAAAUAGUCGGUGAGUCUCCUAUAUAUUUUGAAGACGAUGAUAUAAUAAUAAAAGAAGAAGUUAUUAGUGAUGACAGCAGUCUUAACAGUGAUGAUGAUGCUCAAAAUUUUAUCGAAGUGUGUGAAGAAACUUCCAAAUCACUGCCUGAAAGUUUUAAGCCAGAAGUCAACGAAAAAGCUAUUGAUGUUGAUAUAAAUCAGGAAACUUGUGAGGAACAUGAAGAGAAGGAAGAAACUUCUGAAUCUCUGCCCGGGAAUUUUGAAUCAGCAGCCGAAGAAGAAGCUAUCGAUUCUCAAGCAGAAGAAAUUUAUGAGGAGAAUGAAAAAAUAUUGGUUUCACUUGAAGAUAAGGAAAAGAACUGUCCUUAUUUUAGCAUUCUACCUUCUAAAUAUAAAGAUGUAGAGGUUAGUGAAUUAUUUCCAGACUUUCGUUGUGAUAAAGCUCUUAGAUUUAAUAGAAUAUUUGGCCCGGGAAAGGAGAAGAAUUUGCCAAAUAUAUGGCGAAAUGCUCGAAAAAUAAAGAAGAGUAUUGAAAAAAGUCAUCAAAAACAAGACGAAUCAUCAGAUUUGAACCCAGAAGAUAAUAAAUCUAAUUCCAGAGGCUGGGUUAUGAACUACGGACCUGAUCCUGAGCCCGAUCAAUGUGCUUCUGAUGAUGAACUUAAAUUACUAGCUCCUAUUGAAGUCAAAAAAAACCUACCAGACAUUGAAGAGAAGAAAAAGAAUGUAAAUUCUGGCCCCUCUGCUAAAGAUUGGCGCUUUGGUCCGGCCCAAUUUUGGUACGACAUGAUAAAAGUCCCCGAAACUGGAGAUGGGUUUGAUUAUGGUUUCAAAUUGGGUGAAAAUCAAGCGAAUUGCGAUGAAAAAGAAAAAGUUAGCAAUGAUAUUGAUGAUGAUGCGUUUCUUAUGGUUUCACAAUUACACUGGGAAGAUGAUAUCAUAUGGGAUCCUAGUGAAGUUAAGCACAAGGUAAAAAAUGGUUUGAAUCGCAAGAUCAGCAGUGCUGGGUGGAUACCUUCAACAGUAAACAGAAAAGCUCGUAAUAAUUUGAUGAGCACUUGUUAUCAAUCUUCAUUAAAUGCUGAAGAAAGUAAUUUUUCAUUGCUUCCGAUGGAAAAUGAAGACUUGGUUUAUGGAACUUGGGAAGAUGAAGUUAUUUGGGACGCUGAAAAUAUGACCAAAAUUCCAGAGCCUAAAAUUUUGACCCUGGAUUUGAAUGAUGACAAUAUUAUCUUGCAAGUUCCUGAUGAUGUUGAUUCCAAGCAGAGUCAGGACAACAAUGGUACUCAGCGUAAAGCUAAAACUUCUCUUCCUUAUGCUAAGAAAAGUAAAACUAUUUUAAGCCAGCAGGGAAUUUUGAAUUUCAAUGAUGAAGAGGAAGAAAAAAUAGAAUCCAAAUCAUUGGAAGUUUCUGAAGAUCCUUUUAACAUUUCUAACGAUGGAUACUACGCGGCAAUAAAGACGGUAACAACUUUCAAAUUGAAGCGCGCUAGUGGAGUUAUUCAACACAGCACUCCGGUAAUUCAACUCCGUGAACCUUUUAUUCAAACUUACAUGAACCCCACAAAAUUGAGAAAUUUCCACAGACUUCCUCUGCGAAGAUACAACCACGGUCCGCUGGCGUAUCCAGCGCAUCAUCAAAUUUAUUCCUUAUCAAAAUACAUUGAAAUAAAAGCUGCAGUCCGGGAGCAAGAGAGACUUGCUUCUGGUGGAGGAGACAUAUUUUUCAUGAGGACUCCUGAAGAUCUUACUGGAAGAGACGGCGGGUUGAUACUCCUUGAGUUUAUAGAAGAGCAUCCUCCGUUGAUGAAUCAAGUGGGCAUGUGCUCGAAGAUAACGACCUACUACAAACGAAAAGCUUGUAAAGAUGUUGAGCCACCUAAAUUUAAAUACGGUGAGACACUGUACGCUCAUACAAGUCCUUUUCUUGGAUCCCUCAUGCCUGGACAGAGUAUCCAAGCAAUCGAAAAUAAUAUGUACAGAGCUCCUAUUUACGAGCACAAGCUACCACAGACGGAUUUUUUGAUAAUACGCACACGUGAUAAGUAUUUUAUACGUGAAAUAGACGAUAUUUUUACAGUGGGGCAACAGUGUCCUCUUCACCGAGUUCCAGCGCCUAAUUCAAAGCUUGCGGUUAAAUUCAGCCGUGAUUUUUUGCUUGUGUACAUCUAUCGUUUGUUUUGGAAAUCAAAUGAUACGCCACGAAGAAUUAAAAUGGAGGAUAUUAAAAAAGCUUUUCCACUUUAUAGUGAAAGUAAUAUUCGUAAACGUUUAAAAUUGUGUGCUAUUUUUAAAAGAACUGGAAUGUAUUCUAACUGGUGGGUGAUAAGGUCUGAUUUUCGACUACCAUCUGAAGAAGAAAUCCAAUCUAUGGUAACUCCAGAACAAUGUUGUGCUUAUUUUAGCAUGAAAGCUGGAGAGCAAAGAUUGAAGGACGCUGGUUAUGGUGAAAAUAUCUUUUUGACAAAUGAUGAUGAUGAUGAUUUUCAGGUGAAAAUUGAAGAUGAAGUUAAAGUCGCUCCUUGGAAUACCACAACAGCGUACAUUCAAGCGAUGGAGGGUAAAUGUAUCUUGCAGCUGAAUGGUCCAGCUGAUCCUACUGGCUGCGGAGAAGGAUUUUCAUACAUCAGGAUGUCGAACAAACCAGUAAUUAAUAAAGCAGAGCAAGAGCAGGUUAAAAAACAUCUGAUAGGUAGCGAAAAGGAUUUGCGACGGCUAAAUUUACCGGAUGCUAAAAGACUGCUCAAGAAAUUUGGAGUUUCUGAUGGAAUCAUCAAUAAGUUAAACCGCUGGGAGAUGGUUGAUAUGGUACGAACUUAUUCUACGGCAAAAGCCAAAGCCGGUGAAGAAGAUGAGUAUAUUUAUUCUCGCGGGAAUCGAUUUUCUGUGGUGGAACAUCAAGAGCGCUAUAAAGAAGAGGCGCAGAGGCUUUUUAAUUUGCAAAAUGCUUUGCUGGCUUCUAAUGAAGUUUUGAGCACUGAUGAGGAUGAAAGUUCGGGGGGUAAUUCUGAUAUUGAAGCUAUGGGUAAGAAUAUUGAAAAUAUUUUGACUAAUAAGACGUCUACGAGGCAGUUAAGUCUUAAACAGGAGGAGCAGGAACGGCUUGAAUUGAAGCAGAUGAUGAUGGACAAAUCUUCGAAGAAGAAUUCUAAGAAUAAUAAGAAUGAUAAUGAUUAUUAUCAAUCUAAGGAUCGUGUCUUGAAAAUUGUGAGAACUUUUCAUGACUCUCAGGGGAAUCCUUUCACCAGAACUGAAGAAAUUCGCAACUCUGCUGUUAUUGAUUUGUAUUUGAAACUUAAAAAUUCAAAUAAUAAAAAAAUUAUCAAUGACUUUUUACUGCCGACUGUUGAACAGAAAGAAGAACAGAGGAAAGAAAAGAGAAGAAUUCAGGAACAGUUGAGGAGAAUUAAAAAACAACAAGAACGUGCGUCUAAAAAUGGUCUUUCUAAUAAUCAAAAUAAUCAGUUGAAAAAGGAUUCAAUUGUUAAGUGCAGUUCUUGUGGCAACCUAAGUCACACCAGUAGAUGUUGUCCAGUUUAUAAAAAUCGUAGGGAUAGUUCACCUGUCCAAGAUAUUGCUAGUUACCAAAAACAAGUUGAUAGUAAUAUCGAUCAUGAUCUUGUUAAAGUAAAUGGUACUAAACUUAGAUUCUCAACAAAAUUAAUUAAGCAAAUUCAAGCGGAAAAUAAUUAUGAGUAUAAUAAAAGUUGUACUGAUAAAUAUACGGAAGAUAGAAACUUGAAAAAACGUUCAAGAAGCAGCAGAGAUAGCAUUGAUUAUAAUGAAUCAAUAUCGUAUAUAAAACCACCUAAAAGAAGACAAACUGAUCCUGUUAUUUCAAUGUCAUUAAUAUUUGAAAAAAUUAUUGAGGAAUUAAAACGUUUACCGGGCGUCGAGCCAUUUUUACUUCCUGUUCAUAAAAAGCAAGCAAAAGACUACUACAAUAUUAUAAAAAAUCCAAUGGACUUACAAACAAUAAGAGAAAACGUACGGAAGUACAAGUAUGAAACAAGAGAAAAAUUUCUUGAUGAUAUGAAUCUUAUUGUCAAGAAUUCAUCUAUAUACAACGGACCAAUUCAUAUUUUAACUGUGACAGCUCAACGAAUACUUCAAGUUUGUGCACAAAAACUCAAAGAGAAAGAAGAGUCUCUUAUAACACUCGAAAAAGCUAUCAAUCCAUUUAUGGGUGACAACGCUAAGUCUCAAUUGGCAUUUAUUUUGGAGACUAUUAUGAAUAAUAAACUCAAGUCCAUGGCCGAGGCAAGAUUGUUCCUGAGUUUCAAAAAGUUUAUCAAGAGGAAUAAUAUUAGAACUCCGAUGGACUUAGAUAUGAUUACCAGGAAAAUAUCUCUUAAAGAAUACCGCAGUAGGUAUACAUUUCUUCAGGACGUCAAGCUAAUAUUAGAAAAUAAUAUUUUAAGUGGUUCGCCGUUUGUGAGGGAAUCACAAUUACUUGUUAAAGUAUGCGAAGAAUCAUUGGGUGGGUAUGAUGAGAUAUUAACGAAAAUAGAAAAUGAGAUUGUAAGUAAAAGUCCUCGUCAGUUAGAAGCGAGUAAUAGUUUUGCAAUAAUUCCAUCACCUGGAAAUUCAAAUCCGUCAGAAAGCGGCUUUAUAAAUUGUAAGUCGGAAGAAAAUGAGUUUAUUGAUGUCGAGGGCGAUGAUGAAAAUUCAAUGUCUCUCCCUGAUAAUGUUAUCAUGAAUACCAAUCAAGAAUUUCAAUUUAAUUAUGAAGAAAACUGUAACAUUAUUAAGAUGGAAGGUUUUAGUGAAAACUUGGAGGCUCCGGAAGAAAAAAUAGAUGUUUAUCAAGAUCUUGAGUGCUCUGAUGAUGAUGAUGAUGAUGAUAGACCUGAUUUUUCCGAGGUGCCAGAAAGACAUGUUCUACAAGACAUUCCUGAUAAUAAAAUAAAUCUCCUUGAAGAACUUGAAAUUUCUAGUGAAGAAGAAAUAAAAGAAGAAAUCGAUCUAGAUGAAAUGUCUCGUGAUAUCGAUAGCGAGAUUUGGUCUUAA